UUCAACGGUGGGGUGUCGUUGCUUUGCCGCAGUACGAAAAACAAUAAAAUCAACCUAACAGGGCUUCCAGUGUACUAAUUUUAAUAAUUACUAAUACGAAAGUUUUGUAUAGUGUUUGUUGUGAUUCAGUUUCUUCGUACCUGUGUGGAUUUAUACUUGCGAUCAGGGUCUGGUGUCGCAAGAUGGUCAGUGCGCGAUGACGCCGGGCAUAAAAAUGGAGUCAAAGAGCACGCAGAUCCACCUGCCGUUGAUUGGGCGCGGCAGUCGCGGCGACCUCAACGACAAGGUCACUUUCUCGCAACUCAAGUCGCCGGAACAGCUCAAUAAUGGACAACUCACCGGGGGCUCACAAAUGAACAUAUGCAACGGUGGCGCUGGCACCGCCGCGAUGACGGGGCUUGUUCCCAAGGUGCACAACGACUGCGGCGACCAGAAAAAGCCCAUGGCUUCACUCACACACCUGCCCAAGCGGCCGCCGGUCGACAUCGAGUUCUCGGAGUUAUCUUACUCGGUCAGCGAAGGCAGGAAGCGCGGCUACAAGGCGUUGCUGAAAGGCAUCAAUGGCACAUUCCGCUCCGGAGAGCUCACUGCCAUCAUGGGACCUUCUGGCGCCGGAAAGAGCACCCUCAUGAAUAUAUUAGCAGGAUACAAAUCGUCGUAUGUAACGGGGUCCAUUCUCAUAAACGGCAAAGAGAGAAAUCUGCGGCGGUUUCGGAAGCUCUCCUGCUAUAUAAUGCAGGACGACUGCCUCCUGCCUCACCUCACCGUCCGGGAAGCGAUGUACGUGUCGGCCAACCUGAAGCUAGGCAAAGACAUGACCGCCGCCGCCAAGAAGAUAGUCAUCGACGAGAUCCUAGAGAUGCUGAGUCUCGUCGAAGCGGCGGAUACGCGCACGAUAAACUUGUCGGGCGGACAGAAGAAGCGGCUGUCGAUAGCUCUAGAGUUGGUCAACAAUCCACCGGUGAUGUUCUUCGACGAACCGACGUCAGGGUUGGAUAGCUCAUCUUGCUUCCAGUGCAUAUCUCUGCUCAAGUCGCUGGCCCGCGGCGGCCGCACCAUCAUCUGCACCAUCCACCAGCCCUCCGCCAGGCUGUUCGAGAUGUUCGACUUCCUUUACACGCUGGCGGAGGGCCAGUGCAUCUACCAGGGCAGGGUCAGCGGCCUCGUGCCUUUCUUAUCGUCCAUGAGCCUGCACUGUCCCAGCUACCACAAUCCUGCGGAUUACGUAAUGGAGGUGGCGACGGGCGAGCACGGCGACUGGGUGCACAAGCUGGUGAUGGCGGUGAACAAGGGUGGCUGCGGGCGGGGGAACAACUCCUCCUCCUCCUCCUCCGCGAGCUCCGCCCCUGCCGCGGCCGGCCCCGCCCCCGCCCUCGCCCCCGCCCUCGCCUCCGCCCCCACUCACAACUGCAACUUCAACAAUCAUAAGACCAACGUCAACAACAAGGAUGCCUUACAAAUUGUCGUAGACAAACCCACCUGCACUGUGAUAGACAUGUCGGAGGCUCCUCUGAACACGGAGAAGCCUGCAGCCGGCAACCUGGCGCCCGUCACCUGCACCACCUCACUGCUCGACUCCAGCGAGAGCUUCACCAAGAAGCCGGUGAAGGCGGGCUUCCCCACCUCCGGCUGGAAGCAGUUCUGGAUCCUGUUGAAGAGGACCUUCCGCAGCAUCCUGCGCGACCAGAUGUUGACACACCUGCGCCUCUGCAGUCACACCGUCGUCGGCCUUCUCAUCGGCUUCCUCUACUACGAUAUAGGACAUGAUGCCGCUAAAGUGAUGAGCAACGCCGGGUGUAUAUUCUUCACCGUCAUGUUCACAAUGUUCACAGCUAUGAUGCCUACUAUACUUACAUUCCCAACAGAGAUGAGCGUGUUUGUGCGAGAACAUUUAAAUUAUUGGUAUUCCUUGAAGGCGUUCUACUUUGCCAAGACAAUGGCGGACUUGCCUUUCCAGAUAGUGUUCAGCGGCGUGUAUGUGAUAAUAGUAUACUUCAUGACUGGUCAGCCGAUGCAGACGGACCGGGUGCUGAUGUUCACCGCCAUCAACAUCCUCACGGCGCUGGUGGCGCAGUCCCUGGGUCUGCUCAUCGGCGCCGCCAUGAAGAUAGAGACCGGCGUCUACCUCGGCCCCGUCACCACCAUACCUGUCGUCCUCUUCUCCGGCUUCUUCGUCAACUUCAACGCCAUCCCCAGCUACCUGCAAUGGCUGACGUAUCUCAGUUACGUUCGCUACGGGUUCGAAGGCGCCAUGCUGUCAGUGUACGGGUUCGGACGGGAGAAGCUGCACUGCUCGGAGGCGUACUGCCACUUCCGUAACCCGGACAUGUUCCUCAACGAGAUGACGAUGGACAAGGCCAACUUCUGGGUGGACGUGGCCGCUCUCAGCGCAUUCUUUGUUUUCAUUAGAGUAAUCUCCUAUUUAGUUUUAAGGUUCAAGUUGAAGAUGAUGCAGUAGGUUAUUUAGCACAAAUCAGCUUAUUUAUAUAUUGGUGAUAUUUUUCCAUUUACUUUAACUUCACGAUGACGAAUCAUGCUCAUGUCGUAUGAUA